CUUUCACAAAGCAUACGUCAAAUGUGAAAAGGCUCACGGACACGGACGAGUCACGCCACCGGAUCGGGAGAAACGCCGGUUGGCUGAGAAAACCGGUUACCGUCGGGAGUGUCUCUGACGUGGGAGCGAGCCUCCAGCCGGCUUCACGUUCACUUUCAGGCAGUGCCGGCCACCAGAAGCGGUUAAAGAAACAGAUAGGAACCGCUCUCCCCUCCGCGGCCGCCUGCCAACAGACAACAAAACUCGAAGUCGCAUUUCCGACCACCAGAUGGCAGACUACCUGGAGGUGGGCGGCGCCGUGGCGCUGACGGCGGCCGCCGGCGCCGCCGCCGCCUACUACCUGCUCUCGGAACCGGCGCCGGUGCAGCCGCCGGUGCCACUGGACGACCAGAGCGCGGCGGCCUCAUCCGGCUCUGAGCAGGCGCGCACCUCGCGCCAGCCGCUGGACAAGUACCGCGACGGCGGCGAGUUCGUCCGCUUCCUGGACCCGGCCUGCCGCACGCUGCACGAGGUACCGCGCCGCGGCCUCAAGCUCUCCGGCGACGGCAACUGCCUCGGCUGGCGCGCCGACGCCGCCGCGCCCUACCAGUGGCUCAGCUACGGCGACUUUGUGCGGCGCGCGCGCGACUUUGGCAGCGGACUGGUGGGCGGCGGCCUGUCCCCGGGCCAGUCGACCCUGGUGGGCAUCUACGCCCAGAACCGGCCAGAGUGGGUGAUCGCCGAGUACGGCUGCUACGCGUACAGCAUCAUCACCGUGGCGCUGUACGACACGCUCGGCCCCGAGGCGUGCUCCUACAUCGUGGCGCACGGCAACAUCUCCACCGUGGUGGUGGACUCGGACGCGCGCGCGCUCAGUCUGCUGGAGCAGCGGCCCGAGGCGCUGCAGCACAUCAUCCACAUGGGCGAGCUGAGCCCGGAGACGGCGCGCCGUGUGCGCGAGGCCGGGCUGCGCGUCAGCAGUUUCGCCGAGGUGGAGUCGCGCGGCGCGCUGAUGGCGGUCAAGGAGAUCCCGCCGCGGCCGCAGGACGUGGCCACCAUCAGCUACACGUCCGGCACCACCGGAGACCCCAAGGGCGUGAUGCUGACCCACGAGAACGUGGUGGCCAACGUGUCUGCCGUGCUGCUACACCUGGACACCCAGACGCUACGCAGCGACGACGUGAUGCUCAGCUUCCUGCCGCUGUCGCACACGUUCGAGCGCGUCUGCCAGGUGGGCAUGUAUAUGGUGGGCGGCGCCAUCGGCUUCUACCGGGGCGACAUCCGCGGCCUCAUGGACGACCUGAAGGCGCUGCGGCCCACCUGCAUCCCGGCCGUGCCGCGUAUCUUCAACCGGAUCCACGACAAGACGCUGGCCACGGCCGGCCAGAGCCGCGUCAAGUCGGCGCUGCUGCGCUGCGCGCUGGCCGCCAAGGAGCGGCAGCUGGCGCGCGGCGUCGUCUCGUCCGACACCGUCUGGGACAAGUACAUCCUGGCGCCGGUGCGCGCCGGGUUCGGCGGCCGGCUGCGCGUGGUGGUGGUGGGCUCCGCGCCCAUGGCGCCGGCCGUGCUCACUUUCAUGCGCGCCGCGCUCGGCUGUCUGAUCGUGGAGGGCUACGGGCAGACCGAGUGCGUGUGUCCGUGCACGCUGACGAUGCCGGGCGACCACACGGUCGGCCACGUCGGGCCGCCGCUCUCCUCGUGCGCCAUCAAGCUGGCCGACGUGCCUGACAUGGGCUACUCGGCGGCCGAUGGGCGCGGCGAGGUGUGCGUGCGCGGCGCGCAGGUCUUCAAGGGCUACUACCGGGCGCCCGAGCUGACGGACGAGGCGCUGGAUGAGGACGGCUGGCUGCACACGGGAGACAUCGGCCAGUGGCUGCCCAACGGCACCCUCCGCAUCAUCGACCGCAAAAAGAACAUCUUUAAACUGUCACAGGGCGAGUACGUGGCCCCCGAGCGGCUAGAGAACAUCUUCAUGCGCUCGCCGCUGGUGGGCCAGAUAUUCGUGGACGGUGACAGCCUCAAGUCGUGUCUGGUGGCCGUGGUAGUGCCGGACUCGGACUCUGUGAAAGCGUGGCGGCGCCGCGAGGGCGUGCCCGACGUGCCGCUGGCGCAGCUGUGCGCCGAGCCGCCGCUCAAGGCGGCCGUGAUGGCCGAGCUGGGCCGGCUCGCCGCGCAGACCGGCCUCAAGGGCUUCGAGAAGAUCAAGGACGUGUACCUGUCGCCGGAGCCGCUCAGUACCGAGAACGGCCUGCUGACGCCCACGCUGAAGGCCAAGCGGCCGCAGAUCCGGCGCCACUUCCAGGCGCAGAUCGCCGACAUGUACUCGCGGCUGGAGUGAGCGGCCGACUCCGUCCGACCGAGCGCCAACUGCACCAGCAGUGCAGGUUCCGCCUCGCCCGGCGCAGCGCCGCACGACUCGUCUUUACUUGGGUCGCGGGUCCCUCGAAUUGCAUCUCUAGUCACAUAGACGCGGUUCUGCGGGUACUUCAUGCUCAGCGGCAUGGCUGCAAGCGCUAUCGGUAGCAUAUUUAUUCGGUGGCUGCGAUUUUUACGUCUUGAAUUUUGUUCAGAUUUGCAUCUCAGCUUAGAACAAACGACCCUUGGGGUCACAAAUGGGCAUAAUGGACUCCAGGAAUGGUAUAUUCCAUAUUUGUUUUUAAGCAUGGAUACGUUGGUUCGCCGAGCGCCGAGCAGAACUCCUUCGAUAAGUACUUAAUUGUUCUCGGGUUGUUCCCGGCCUGCCUCGCUAGUCGUCAUGUGAUGCACCAAAUACUGUAGCGCGGUUAGGGUAAUAAAGGUCUUCAUACUGAUC